CCGGGGGUACCAGCCGCUGCAGCAGAGAGGGGCCCCGGGGCUGUUCGUGUCCGACCCGCACAGAGGACUGUCCACAGACCACGUCCCCAAAGUCUCUGAGGACGAUUUCACCGAUGCGUCUCAGGGCUGCCUCUCGUGGCUCUGUCACCUCGUCGUCAUAUUCUUGGUUUACGUCGUCACCUUUAUAACUUUUCCGAUAUCCGGGUGGUUUGUCCUGAAGACUGUGCCCAACUAUGAAAAGAUGGUGGUUUUUCGUCUGGGUCGUAUUUGUCGUCCCAAAGGACCCGGCGUCAUCCUCGUUCUUCCUCUGAUCGACCAGUGGCAGCGAGUCGACCUCCGCACCAGAGCCUUCAACACCCCUCCCUGUCAGGUGAGGACACUGGACGGCGGCAUGCUGCUGGUGGGAGCAGAUAUUCAGUUCCGGAUCUGGAACCCGGUUCUGUCCGUGGUGUCGGUUCAGGAUCUGAACGCGUCGACCCGGAUGACGGCCCAUAAAGCUCUGACCCACAGUCUGUCCAAGAAAACGCUCCGAGAAAUCCAGAGUGAACGGCUCAAGCUCGGGGAGUAUCUGGGGAUGGACAUUAACGAGAUGACGAGGCCGUGGGGGCUGGAGGUGGACCGGGUGGAGCUGGUGAUCGGUUCUCCGGUCCAGUCUUCAGACGAGGCUCCGCAGGGGCCCCUCGUCGUCCCUCCGUCCGUCCCCGGAAUGGAAGGUCUCCCCGUCCCCAUCCAGCAGCUGGCCAUGCACUUUUUCAGUCAGAGUGUUUCUCAGCCAAAAACACAGGACUCUGUGGCAGUGACAGUGCCUGAUGAGUUGACCCCUGACCUCUCCGGUCCCCGUGUGGACGAGCUGCUCAGUGCCGUCCGGCUGCUGCUCUCGGAGAACCUGGUGAACCGGGUUCAGGCGUGUUUCCAGUUUUACAUCAGCUCCUCAGACCAGCGUCAGAACUGUUACUAUGUGGAUUUAAGACAAGGCUGCGGCACUGUGGGCGCAGGGUCGUGUCCAGACCCUGACGUCACUCUGAGCCUCACCGAGUCUGACCUUCUCUCUCUGUUUGAAGGAUCUCUCCGUCCGUACGCCGCCUACAGCAGCGGCAGACUACAGAUACAGGGAGACCUCAGAACUGCCAUGAAAUUAGAGGAAGUCAUUCAGCUGCUUAGGAAAUAAUUCAUAUAAUAAUGUAUUUAUUCUGUUUUUGAUUUGUGAAUGUGUGAUUUUUAUUAAAGACUUGUAAUGUGA